CCGAGUUCCUCCAUCAUGGAUGUUUCAGAGAUAAGACAGACUGUCGACCGCUUCCGAAUUCUCAUCAUCGGAAGAGCGAAUGCAGGAAAAACCACCAUCCUCCAGAGGAUUUGUAAGACACAGGAGAACCCAGAAAUAUAUAACAGCGCCGGGCAAAAGAUCGAACCCGCCGUGUUGAUGGGAUCUAGAGAGCGGGGAGUGCACAAGAUCGAGAAUGAAAUGAUGUUUCGAAAUAACCCAGGGUUCGUCUUUCAUGAUUCGUGUGGGUUCGAGGCAGGAGGACAGUCCGAAUUCGAUGAGAUGAAGGCUUUUAUCGCAAGUCGUUCUAAGGAGGGACGUUUGAAUGAUCGAAUCCAUGUCAUAUGGUACUGCAUCCCGAUGGAUGAGGAUGGCAGGUGUUUCACGGAAGGAGAAGUCAAGUUUUUUUCUCAGUGUGAUACUGGGAGCAUUGCAGUAAUAGUGUUGUUCACUAAAUUCGAUGCUCUCUACGACGAUGAAUUUGCAGAUCUAACAAGUAAGGGAGUAUCGAGACAAGAUGCUAAAACGCUGGCCCCGCAGCACGUCAAAGACGCAUUUGUCAAUGGGCCACAAGUACAACUUUUGUACAGCCGCAAGGGCAACCAACGUCCUCCAAGAUGUCACAUAUGCCUGCCUGAUAUGGACAAAGACGAUGCAGACUGCGGGAUGCUUAUCGAACGAACGGCUGAAGCUCUGGACGAUGAAACUCUCAAACAGCUGUUUGUCUCAACUCAGCGGACCAACUUGGAGGUGUGCAUGAGAUAUGCACUCAAAAUGUAA